AUGAAUGGUUGGCAACAACAUGUCUCUAAACCUACCAGAGGAAACAGCAUCUUUGAUCUCAUAUUCUCGCUGGGCAUACCUGCUAUUAAUGUAACGGUCCUUAAUGAAUUCCCUGGGAGCGACCAUCGGGUGGUCAAAUGCUAUUUAAGAUUACGCAUGGCCAAUGAACCACAUCUACUGCACUAUCGUUUAUUCAACUCCGUCAACUGGAACACGUUUAAGGAUAUGGUUCGUUCGAUGAACUGGGAUGAUUUCUUCCUCUCUCCAUGCCCUCAAAAAGCAGCAGACGUGUUCUAUGAGAUCAUCGGUCUUUGCAUUGAUUCAUUAGUGCCUCUAAAGUGCGCCUGCCCAAGAAAACAAAAACCCGAUCACAAAGUGUUAGGUAUCACACGCAAGCUUCAUAAGAUCCGGCGGAAAUUCAGAUUAACAGCAGACUUUUCGCUAAUACUGCAGCAGGCAAAGAUCGUCGAGGAACUCAGGCAUCUAAAUGUUCGCAAUCUCAUAUUAGAAGAAUACAAAGCUUUGAAUGGUCCGAAUAAAACAACGGAACUGUCCAUGACUCUAAGGGAUCGGGCAUGGCGCAUGUAUAAAAGCAACCCCAGCGCAGAAAACUGGACGGAAUACGUUUCGCAUCGCAACUACUGUGUGCUUUUGGUUCGCGAAGACAAGAGAACGCAUCAGCAGGAGCUAGCCAAACGAUUCUGUUCGAACAAAAAGCUUCUUUACAAACAUGUGAAUGGACUUCGCAAGGUGCAACGGGGAAUCCCACCACUUAAUACGACCAAUGGGUAUACACAUACUGCGAAGGAGGCGGCCAACGCACUACGGGCCCAGUACUUCCCAAUCUUCCAAGGUGUACAAGCCUCGACGUAUAUUCCGCCACUAGUUACCCCACCGCCCGUUUUAUCCAACGUCACGUUCACUGCAGAAAUGGUGCUGCAAAAGCUGCUAUCCUUGCGUCCACACAGCUCUCCCGGGGCCGAUAACAUUCACCCGAAAACAUUACAGGUAGCUGCCAUCCACUUGGCCGAACCACUAGCUGCAUUAUUUCAGCGCGGUUUCGAUGAGAACAUCGUACCUUCGAGGUGGAAACAAGGUGUAAUAACGCCCAUAUACAAAGCAGGAAGUCGAUCGGAUCCUGCCAAUUACCGCCCCGUAACGCUUCUGCCUGUGAUCGCCAAAGUCAUGGAAGCGGUGGUAGCAGAUGCGUUAAUGGGAUACUUGGAAAGCUACGGCAUAAUUGCGCCAAAACAGCAUGGGUUUCGUCAACAUCGUUCAUGUACGGCGAAUCUGCUGAUAGCUCGUGACAACUGGACCGAGACUGUCGAUGAGGGUACAGGAGUCGAUGUUGCAUUCUUGGACUUUUCGAAAGCCUUCGAUCGCCUGGAUCAUCGAAUCCUGCUCAUUAAACUCCAACAGUACGGUGUCGGCGACCCGUUGUUAGGAUGGAUCGGUAACUUUCUCUCUGAAUGGCAGUUAGAGUUCGAUCAUCCUUUUCCGAUCCGAUUUGAGUGGGAUGCGGCGUACCGCAGGGUUCGAGUUACUAUGUCGAAAUUCUUACUCUUCGCGGACGACCUCAAGGUUUGGCGGGCGAUAAAACGAUCGGACGACCAUGAAGUCCUACAGCGUGACUUGAAUGAGGCCUGGAAUUGUUCGGUGAGAAACGCCGUGCCGUUUAAUGUGAACAAAUGUCGCGUUGUUCAUAUCCGCCAUCGACAAGUCUACGUCUACAAGCUUGGGGCACACGAUCUGAAGACCACCACUCAGGAACGCGACUUGGGUGUGCUGGUACAAGAAGACCUCGGGUGUUCCAAACAGUCAGAUUCCGCUUCUAAAAGGGGCAACCAGCACGUUGGACUCCUGCGAAGAGCAUUCGGAAUUUUGGAUCCAUCCAUCUUCUCUUUGAUGCUGAAUGCCUACGUGCGUCCUCACGUCGAAUAUGCAAUCCAGGCCUGGCAACCCUGGCUAAAACGUGACCUUGCAGCGCUUGAGACCCCACAGCGUCGAGCAACGAAAAUCGUCAAGGGCUUGCGCCACACUCCUUACCAGGAACGACUGGAGAUACUCGGAGUGUUCAGCGGACGGUACCGGCGACUUCGUGGAGACCUCAUACUAGUGUACCAGAUAUUGAGCGAUCCCAGUCACGUAUGCCGCCACCUCUUGAAGCUCAGCCCGAAUACUAACCUUCGCGGUAACAGUUUAAAGCUGAGCCAACAGUACAGUCGUCUAUACUGUCGGAGAACCUAUUUCUCCCCCCGGGUCUGCGGGCCCUGGAACGCCCUUCCAAACUCAGUUGUUUGUGCCCCCACAUUAGAUACGUUUAAAAAACGAUUGGACGUCGCACUGAGCGCCUUGCGCUUUGUUUUAUGA